AUGGCAAUCUUUAAUGAAGGCAACACACAAGAUUCAUCAAAUUUAUCUCCUCAACAAGAAAAUUCUUCAGCUUCAUUUAAUAUUAUAGAAACAUUAAAUAAUGAAUAUCAAUCAACAGGUGGAUUACCUUUACAUAUUGCUACUGGACCUGAGCCUGUUGGGGAAGGGUUUUUUUCUUGGCUUCGAUGGAGUAGAGCAUCAACCAGAAAAUUGGAAGGGGCUGAAACUCGUUUACUUGGAGGGGUUACUUCCUUCGUUACGAGAAAAUUUGUGCCGGUAAAUUUUUUUAUUUUUUUUUGUUAUUUUAAAAUAGAAUAUUUAUUUAAUGUUCUUAUUUUAAAUUAA